UUGUGCGUCUUCGAACACCAAUUCCUGUAUUUAUUACACAGAAAGCGAAGUGUCUCUCCCUCUCAAGUCGCCGUGACUCAGAUGGCCCUCCUUCCUCCAAAGGGCCCGACGAACGUUCAACGACUUACUUGACUGGACUUCCCCUGCCGUCUCGUUUUGUUUGGUCAUACCUGCCGAGUUAUGAUGUGAAGCUGCUCUUCUUAAAUCUUUCAAUCUUUCUUCUCGUGGCUACCGGAGGGGAAAAGCCAUGUCUUUUCGCGGCGUGCGUUUCUUUCUUCUCCCUGCUCUUGUGAUUGAUCUUCUCCUGGCUUCUACAGUUGUGUCCUAUCUCAACAGUAUGAAUUUCUGUAGUUCUCCUUUCAACUGCAGCAACUCAACUCCAAUUCUCUUCCCCUUCAGUUCUCUCAAUUCUUCUUGCGGUUUCAACCUCAUAUCAUGCAACGGGAACGUCACUAAGAUUCGUCUAUUCGACAGCGAUUUCAUUGUUAAACGAAUCACAUACCUUGAUCGUAGCAUUGAAGUUCGCUACCCAGCUGCGUAUGAGACAAAACUUUGCUCAUCACCUCAAAACUUCACCCUCUCUGGAAGACUCCUUACUAGUGGUAUCCGGGUCUUUGGUGUCAACCUUACCUUCUUCAAGUGCAAUUCUGCUAAUGAUUGGCUUCUGCGACCUCCGUCCUCAUGGAAGAGAAAAGACUGUGCUGAUGGCUCUUUGCUGUAUUAUUAUUACAGUCCACAGGAACAGAUAAAGCUGCCUCUUAAUAUCCAUCGCCUCAAUUGUUCGAUGUAUGAAAUCCCUGCUGGUGUUGAGGAGUCCGUGUCUGCAAACCUUUCUGCCAUAUUGAGUGGUGGAUUUUUUCUUCGCUGGAGUUUUGAUUGCCUCGAGUGUAAUACCAGUGGGGGCAAGUGUGUAUUUGGAGAAGAUGAUGCCCCUGCUUGUUACUGCAAAGAUGGAUCAGUGAACCAUAAAAAUUGCUCUGAUGGAUCAUCUUCAAAAUCAGCUGGACGCACAGGCAAAUGGAAAACCAUUACAGGUCUAGGCGCAGCAGCUUUCAGCGGCAUUUUUCUGUUAGUAUGUUUAUUGUUCUACCUCAUUCGUUCUCUUUUCCAACCCCAUCCACCGGUAAAAGUAGAGAAGUUCUUAGUUGAUUACCAAACUCUUACAACCAUUAGAUACACAUACAAUGACAUAAUCAAGAUGACAAAGAAGUUCAAGCAUAAAGUUGGGCAGGGUGGCUAUGGCAGCGUCUUUCAGGGAUGGUUGCCCAAUGGCACAGUAGUGGCCGUAAAGCUAAUCGAAAAAUCACAUAACGACGGGGAAGAAUUUUGUAAUGAAGUUGUCACCAUUGGCAGGAUCCACCAUGUCAAUGUGGUUCGCCUUCUUGGCUUUUGCGUUGAAGGGUCUCGAAGAGCACUUGUAUAUGAAUUCAUGUCAAAUGGUUCACUUGAGAAGUUUACAAACACCACAGAUGUAGGACAGUGCUUGUUAAGGGAAAGGUUAUAUGAUAUAGCACUAGGAAUUGCUAGGGGAAUUGAAUAUCUACAUCAAGGCUGCGAUCAAAGAAUCAUCCACUUCGACAUUAAGCCGCAUAACAUUCUUCUAGACCACGACUUUACACCAAAGAUUUCUGAUUUUGGCCUAGCAAAAUCAUUUUGUAAGGAGCGAAACAGUGUAACUAUUACAGAAGGCAAAGGCACAAUCGGUUAUAUUGCUCCCGAGUUAUUUUAUGGCAAUUCCAGGCAUGUGUCGCAUAAAUCUGAUGUUUAUAGCUUUGGAAUGCUACUGAUGGCAAUGGUUGGGUUGAAAGAAAAAAUUGGUCCAGCUGAUGGAUCUUCUAGUGAAGCGUAUUUUCCUCAGUGGAUUCAUGACACUAUUUCUAAUGAUCAGAAGUUUGAAGGCAUUGGAGAAGAUGAAGAUGAAAUGGUACGGAAUGUAGCCACUAUAGCCUUGUGGUGCAUACAAUGGAGUCCGAUUGAUAGGCCAUGUAUGAAGGAAGUUGUCAGGAUGUUUGGGGUAGCACAUCAAACUUGACAAUGCCUCCCAAACAUUUUUGCCCUGCAAUUCAACCCGACUACAUGAUUGAAGCUCUUGACUCUUCAUCUCUACAUACUCCGGUUACUAGUUUGGAACUUUAAGAAGUUUGGGAAGAUGAAAAAAUGAUUGGCAGCAUUUACUCUGAACUCUUCACCAGUUUGUGCAAUAUUUUGCCAAGGUAUACAUGAUAUUUUGUGAUACUUUCCCGAAUCAAAUAUUUCGCUUCCCUUUUAACAUUGAGAAAUAUUUUGA